AUGAAGGGGUUCCCGCUGAAUGAGGUUCCCUCGAUGGGAAGCCUCAAUUGGCUGCUGCUUUGUGCAGUGUGCUUGGUGGAAGGGAUGGACAUGAACCUGCUGCCAUCAUCUUUCCGUGCGAUGGAAGCUGAGCUUGGGUUUUCGCCAAAUAGCCUGGCGAUUUUUCAGGCACUUCAAGGUGCUGCGCAGGCACUCUCUGGGAUUGCUUGGGCGAAUCUAAUUGACAGUGGCCAUUCAUGCAAGCAGGUGGUUUGCAGCGGAGUUCUUGGAUGGGCCGUCGCCAACUGCAUUCUGGCGUGCAGCGAGUCCGUGGCUAUGAUCUGUGCCUUCAGGGUCUUCAACGGCCUUUGCCUUGGCAUGGUGCUGCCAGUGGUGCAGUCUCAGAUUGCGACGCACGUGCGGCCAGAAUUUAUGGGCAGUUACUUUGGCCUCCUCGCUGCAUCAAUGGGGCUUGGGAAGAUUAUCGCCCUCGCGAUUGCCGCGCCCUUGGCCGAGGAAGUCGUGCUUGGAGUUCCUGGCUGGCGUGCAGCUCUCGCGAUCACUGCAUGCCUUUCCUUGACCAUUGCUGUCGCAUUUCAUCUGUUCUUCCACGCGCCAUCAGCUGCCACUCCUCGACACAAGGUUGACCUGCUGGAGGAAUGCAAGAAGUUUGCAGGCUACCUGGGGAAGCCGACUUUCUGCGUUGUGUUAUGCCAAGGACUUGUUGGUACGAUCCCCAAUGCAGCGCUGUCCUUUCAACUUCUCUUUAUGCAGUACAGCGGGCUGUCCGAUACGAGGGUGGCCAUUGCGGCCAGCAUGUGUGUUGUGGGCACAAUGUUUGGUGGACCUUUGGGUGGAUACAUCGGUGACCGGCUGGAGAGGUGGAGCAAGCAACACGGACGACCCUUCACCGGGCAAGUUUCGGUGUUGCUGGGCAUUCCGCUGAUGUACAUCAUGUUCUUCGCCCCGGUCUCUCCUGACAUGUUCUGGCACUUCGCUACCAUCAACUUUGUCUCAGGGCUUUUGGCGCACUGGGCAGCCUCAGGCUGCAAUCAACCCCUGCUGGCUCGCAUCGUCCCGUCGGGCAGCAAGGCGUCUGUCAUGGCCUGGGAGUACAGUCUCGAGUCUCUCAGUGGUCAAACGAUCGGGCCGCUUAGCGUCUCCUUGCUUGCGACCCACGCGAUGAAGUACAAAACUCAGGAGAUGCCGAUUGCAGACAUGCCCUCUGCCGACAGGAUUGCCAAUGCUACUGCGCUUGGCAAGGGGCUGUUCAUAAGCACAGUCUUCCCCUGGAUGCUCUGUGCUGCUCUCUACUCCUUCUUACACUUCUGUGACCUAUCUGCUCAGGACGGCGAAGGAGAGACGAUUCUCGCCAAGCAGAAGACGACGCCAAAGACCUACGCGGAAGCCAGACUGUGA